AUGUUCUUGCCCAACUACACAGAUCUCACUGUCGAGAUCAGGGUACCACCAUAUUCACAAAUCCUACAGCUCAACAGACCGAAAGCUCUAAAUGCGUUCAGUGAUACAAUGUCCAUGGACAUUGUCAAGGCUUUUCGAGAGCUCAACGAACGCCCAGACACCAUCUUCACCGUCCUGACAGGCAACGGUCGGUUCUUCUCGGCUGGAGUAGAUGUGAAAGCAUCGACCGACCCCCCACCUGCCCAUUACGCACCCGCCGAGAUCAAGGUAUAUUACUUGUCUCGAUUCUCACGAGCCCUUGAGAUGCUUCGCUCCAUGAUCGACCACAGUAAGGUCCUCGUACUGGCCCUCAAUGGCCCCGGAGUCGGAGGUGGUGCAGCAUGGUUUGAAGGCGUUGCCGACAUUGUGCUCGCCGCCAAAGGGGCCUGGCUGCAAGUCCCAUUUAACGCUCUCGGCCUAGUUCCCGAGAACGGCAGCACACUCACAUUUGCUCAAAGCAUGGGCGUCCGUCGCGCAAAUGAGAUGCUCAUGUUCGGUCGAAAAUGCUCAGUAGAAGAGCUAGAAUCGUGGGGGUUGGUCAACAGGAUCUUUCCUGCGGAGGGCUUCCAUGAUUGUGUCAUCGCGUUCCUGGAGGAACAGUUGGCUGUGAACGACGGGAAGAGCAUGAUCGAGUCAAAGAGACUGCAAAAUGCGCCAUUGCGCAAGGAUAGGCUGUUUGCUGUGUAUGACUCGAUAGACGCAUUGGCCGAGAGAUUUGUGGAUGGAGCUCCUCAUGAGAGGUUUAUGAGAAAGAGGGAGCAGUUGAUGAAAGGUAUUGUGUUCCGUCUUGUCAUUCGUAUGUUUUUGAAUCUGUCCCUGACUUCGAAGUAG